CCUGCAGCAACAGGCAGGUUCUGUCAUUCAGUCAGAGAAAAAUGUCUGAGAGAAACAGCUGAUUCCGUAGAUUCGUCACGAUGGAGCUCAGUUUGACGUGGCGCUGCUUCAGCCUCUGCGCGGUUUGGCUUCUGCUGCUCUCUGUGGAUUUUAACGUCGCUUUUGAGAAGAACCUGGACACUGAAUUCACUUUCCUUCUACCUGCUGGCCGAACUGAGUGUUUCUUCCAGCCAGUUACGAAGAACAGCAGCAUGGAGGUGGAAUACCAGGUUCUUGCAGGCUCAGGGCUGGACAUAGGCUUCACACUAAUCUCCCCCUAUGGAUACAGGCUGGUCUCCGAGUUCAUGAAAUCAGACGGCUUCCACAUUGUGGACCCCACAGAGGAAGGAGACUACAAGAUCUGCUUUGAUAACAGCUUCAGCACGUUGGUGGAGAAGAUGGUCUUUAUGGAGGUGAUUGUGGACUCAAAGGAUAGGGCUGAUGAGGACUGGGAAAAUUUAGCGGAACCUGAAAACCCACUGGGGUACAAGCUGGAUGACAUCAAGGAGGUCAUGGAGGCCGUUCACAAGAACCUAGAGCGCAGUGGUCAGACGCAGGCAGUGCUGCGGGCAUUUGAGGCGCGAGAUCGUUACCUGCUGGAGGAUAACCUGUGGCGUGUGUCCUUCUGGUCCAGCGUUAAUCUGCUGCUCAUCCUCACUGUCGCCUUUGCACAAGUUUAUGCGGUUCGCAGGUUAUUUUAGGACUGCUAAGUCCGCUUGUUGGACACACAUACACCUCACAGACUCCUGGACAGAACAGUCUGCGUGGUGUGACGCUGCUGCAUCUACAGAGUAGUGGGUACUGUGGGUCAUUUUCUGAGACACAAAUUAAGCUGAUCUUAAGGCCUGAGAUGAUGAAUUCCCACAUUUUAACCAAUCAGUGGUGAUUCUGAAAAGCCUUCAUAUGUGGCAGUACUGUACUUUUUUGGGGUACACAUUUCAUUGUUUUUUUAGCAUUUUCCAGCCCCUCCUAACUUCUUUGUAACUGCUGACAUGUUCUUGUUAGUUGACCCUUUCAAAAAGCCAUCCAGGCUGAAAUGAGCAGAACCAGCUGUUAAGGCCUGAAAUGCUCAGAGAAUAUAAACCUCAGCCAACUCAGGCAUUCAGAUCUUUUGGAACGCUGCUGCAAUAAUACACGACACCACAACCAUGAUAAAUUCAAAGUGGGCUUUUUUUGUAGUUUAGUUUUGCUUUAUGGACUGAAUGAACUGAGGAGUGAACAGCAUGAUUUAUACCAAUGUUUACAUACUGUAUUAAACUCUUUCUACCCCAGG